GCACUAGUAGGAAACACCGGAUGUGACGCAGUUGGCGCGAAUGACAACAACAAAGCUAACACUUCAAUUUCGUAAACCAAAUUUUCCUGAUGUCUUCCCGUGUACUUAUUAAGUAUUUUAAUAAAUAGGGACUACUAACCUUUUGUGUAAGACAUGAUGAGCACGUAUGGACUUUGAAUUAUUAUAUUAUAAGCUUUUAUUCCUGUCAGAGUUUUCACUGAAUCACUGACAGCGGGCCUGCAUCAAAUGUCCAACAUGUCCAAAGGAGACCAGGCAGCAUUCAUUGUGAAGUUUGUGGAAAGUGAAGGACAGAAAUCAGAGUAUGCUACCAAAGCAUACGAGGCCAUUUUGGAGCUGCAGUCUGAGAAGCACUUAAAAACCAUCGAUGAAGAUGCUGUUUUACAAAUGGACCACAAUGACAAAUCUCUGUUUGUCUUCAGCAGCUUCGCCACCCCCGCCUUUCUGCACUGUAAAAAGCUCGGCUGCCGAGUGGUGAGUCCACUGGUGGUGUUGUACUGUCUGCAGCAGCAGCAUUGUGUCCCCAAGGCGGAGAAGCCCGUCUAUAACAUGGCCAUGGCUGACAUCACUAUUUCCUGCACAAGCCUGGAUAAAGCGAUGCGGACGGAGGUGAUGGAUCUGGUGGAACUCAUGGGUGGACGGGUCUAUCUUGACCUUAAUGUAUCUGUCACGCACCUGAUCGCAGGAGAGGUAGGCAGCAAGAAAUACCUGGUAGCUGCCAGCCUGGGUAAACCCAUCCUGCUGCCUGCUUGGGUCAAAGCCUGCUGGGAGAAAUCUCAGGACAGUCUUUUCACGUACACAGAUCUGCCCAUGGAGGACUACCUGUGCCCUGUGCUUCGUGGCUGUACCGUCUGUGUGACCGGCCUCUCCAGCACAGAUCGUAAAGAGGUGCAGCGCCUCUGUGAGCAGCAUGGAGCCAACUACACGGGUCAGCUCAAAAUGAACGAGUGCACACACCUCAUAGUCAGCGAACCAACAGGUCAGAAGUACGAGUGUGCCCGUAAGUGGAAUGUGUAUUGCGUCUCUCUGCACUGGCUGUUUGACAGCAUAGAGAAAGGAUUUUGUCAAGAUGAGAGCAGAUACACCGUGGAGCGUAAUGCAGCGAAACAAACAAGACCACACACGUCAACGCCUACUGGAACGAGCAAGAAAGAGGAUGGGCCUUCUCUGUUGGGCUUGAGUCACAUCUCUGUUAACGCUAGCAUGACAAUAAAUGACACGGCCCUUACCAACGGCACCAUCAGUCGCCUGGAAGCUCCCGACCCCAUAGACAGCCUGGACCUCACCGUCUGCCCGGCUGAAGAUAUACUGGAUGGCUGUAAGCUGUAUCUGUGCGGCCUGCCGGGAAAGAAGCUGGAGAAACUGCGGCGUCUCGUGAACGCAGCAGGAGGUCUGCGCUUCAACCAGCCCAGUGAGGAGCUCACGCAUGUGGUCAUGGGAGAGCUGGACCUGGAACUAAAGAACUUUCUCUCAAAGGCAACACAUAGACCUCAUGUAGUAACUGUGCAGUGGCUGCUGGACAGUUUCAACAAAGGAAGUCUACUCCCAGAAGAGGGUUACCUCCACCCUGACUGUCUGCCUCCAGCCGUUUCCGUCCCCGCCCGUCACACCCCCACCCCUCGACUCUCAGCUGCUCCGCCUGCAGCCAGUCCCAGCACUCCCCUGCUGAAGAGGACGGAUGAAGAUCUGCUCUCACAGUACAUGGAUGACGACGACCCUACAGUCGUGGACAUCCCCCCUCCAGCCGAGGAAAACAGCAGGAAGUCCUUCAGCACAGCUGUAGAGCCAGACCGGACCAGAGCAUCAGAGGCUGAAUCCAUCCUGCAGGAGGCCAGCGAUGCAGGCCUGUUUUUCGAGAAGUGUUUUCUUCUUGUGGGCUUCGCUGCUGACGCUGAGGCCCAGCUUUCUGUGCUGGUGACGGACAAUGGAGGCAGGGUGCUGAUGGGCCGCACACGUGUUGUGGCUGACUAUGCGGUGGUCCCACUGCUGGGCUGUUCUGUAGAAGCCACUGUGGACGAAGUGGUCACUGAUACCUGGCUGGCCAUGUGUGUGGAGAAGGAGUGUGUUCUGCAGCUCUCCUCCAACCCUCUGUUCACUCCUGUUCCUGUGAUGGACGGACGUUUUCCUCUCACAGAUUGCGUGCUCUCCGUCAGUCAGUUCAUGGGAGCAGAGAGGGAGUCUCUGGUGGAGCUGGCCAAGCACCUCGGUGCAAAUGUCCAGGAUUACUUUGUGCGCCUGGCCAACCAGAAGAAAGGCAUGCUGGCCAGCAGUCACCUGGUGCUGCAGAGCCCUGAAGGCACAAAGUACCAGGCGGCGAAGAAAUGGGGUCUCCCAGCCGUCACCAUGCACUGGAUGCUGGCGUCAGCUCGGAGCGGCCAGAGGGCAGAGGAGGGGCGCUUUCUAGUUGACCUGCCACCUUCACCGGAGAGGGAGGACGAGAGUUUUGUCGGCGGUUCCCAGAAGCCAUCCAUGCCUCCUCCAGCCCGUUUGUCUCCAGAGAUCCCCCUGCUGGGUUUUCAGAGCGGUAAGGCCGUUACCCCACUGGAUGUCAGUCGCUUCCGGAGCAAAAUGUUCAAGUCCAUGAUGGACGAGAGGAAGCCCAAAGAGGACAUCAGCACCCCCAAACAAAACCAGGAGAGCAGCAGAAGGAACCCUCUGCAGAAGGAGCCCCCGCUGCAGCUGGACACUCCCUCUCGUUUCCUCAGCAGAGAUCAGCUCUUCAGGCCCUCCUUCAAUGUCAAGGAUGCACUCAGAGAACUGGAGACUCCAGAGGGAAGAGCCAAACCAGGAGAGAAGGCGGAGACCCCUCUCACUGAGGUCAUCAACAGGAACAUGAAGGUGGCCCUGGCCAACAGCAGCAGAAACAGCAUCAUAGAUAUGCAAGCUGUCUCUGCCAGCCCACAGUACAAGACCACUGAGAAGGAGGUCCCUGAAAAAGAAGCCGCUCCUCUGGCUGGUGUUGUGAUCUGUGUGGGAAAGAAGCUGAGCAAGAUGCAGAGCGAGCUCAAUGCUGUUGCUGCCUCGCUGGGAGCUGACUUCAGGUGGGCUUGUGACGACACAGUGACACACUACGUUUACCAGGGCCGUGUGGGAGACAACACCCGGGAAUACAGAGGAGUGAAGGAGAGAGGGCUGCAUGUGGUCUCCCAGCACUGGCUGCAGGCUUGUGCCGAGGAGCAGAGACGCGUUCCUGAGUCCCUCUAUCCUUUCACCUUCAACCCAAAGAUGAGUCUCAACCUCAGCCAGGUGCCCAACUGCUCGCAGAGGUCGCCACCUUUGACACGAACACAGCUCAGAGAGAUAGCCGAGGCAAAGGAGGACAAGUGUGAUCAAAGUGUGAACCCAGAAGAGACCACCACUUUACGCAGAGUAAGUGACGGAAGCGUAGAUGAAGAAGAUUUGCGUGAUGCUGCAGAUAAGAGCGGUAUUUCAGAGACUCUAGAGAUGAGAGAGAACCUGCAAAGACAGCUCCAGGAGAUCAUGUCAGCCACGAAGCUAACGACGGGACGCCGCACCUCAGUCAGACUCAGCAGGAUAGGAUCAGGAGGGGCCGACUCGGGCCCCCACACGCCUGACGCGAGCCGGGUCGGACGCAGUGGGAACAGGCGAACUCUGGAAGCUCUGAGGGUCACCAGAGAAGCCGCCAUGGACAUGAACACAGAGCCGUCUCAGAGUGAACAGAUCGUUUGGGACGACCCCACAGCCAGACAGGAGAGGGCUAAGCUGGCGGAUAAUUUACAGUGGCCUGGCAGUCCCUCACAGAACUCUGAGCCCCUCGCUCCUGUGCCGCCUCCCACUGCGGAGAAAAAUGGCGCUCAUUUCAGGGACUCCAUGACGGACUCUGAGCUGGUGGAGAUGGCUGCUUGUGAUGUCAUCGAGCAGCAAAUGGGGCGGAAGGUACGAACGCCUCCGACAGACAGGCGAGGAAAUGCCAUCCUGACUCCUGAGGCGCCCAGCAUCGCUUUCCCACUCACCAAACCCCCAGUAGCUCCAGGACCACAGGACGAAAAGCGUGAGGAAGAAAAGCAGCCCCCCAGAUUCCAGCUGUCCUCCCUCAGCCCUCAGGAGCGCAUUGAUUACAGCCACCUCAUCGAGGAGCUCGGGGGCGUGGUCCUUGACAAGCAGUCUUUUGACCCCACUUGUUCCCACAUCGUCGUCGGGACUCCUCUGCGCAACGAGAAGUAUCUGGCAGCGAUGGCGGCCGGCAAAUGGAUCCUGCACCGCUCAUACCUGGAGGCCUGCCGCUCCGUGGGUCGCUACAUCCAGGAGGACGAGUACGAGUGGGGCAGUAGCUCCAUCCUGGAUGCGUUGCCCUCCAUCACCUCCCAGCAGAGGAGACUAGCUUUAGCUGCUAUGCGCUGGAGAAAAACCCUGCAGGGACGCUCUGAGCAAGAAGGAGCUUUCAGUGGAUGGACAGUCAUGCUGAACAUUGACCAGAGCAGAGAGUCAGGCUUCAGGCGCUUACUGCAGUCUGGCGGUGCUAAGGUCCUGCCGGGUCCCUCGCCGUCUCUGUACAAGGAGGCCACUCACCUGUUUGCAGACUUCAAUCGGCUGAAGCCUGGAGACUUCAGAGUCGGCAUAUCAGAGGCGUCUUCCCACGGAGUCACAUGCCUGAAGCCAGAGUACAUCGCAGACUACCUCAUGCAGGAGCCGACCCCCCCUAUCGAGCUGUACCACCUGACCGAAGCUCCGCCUGACGACCCUCCAGGCACGCCGUCACGUAAGCGUAAAGCGGCCGCGGACGACUCCAGGCUGAAAAAGACACGUCUGAACUGAAAUGUCGACACUAAGAUUCUGCCGUUUAAAAUUCCAAAUGUCUGUGAAAGUAAUUGUAAAUAAUAUAUUGCUUUUUUUAUGGCUUGAAAAUAAAAUAAAUGCAGCGCUUGUUAUGUCACUCCGGCUUCCUCAUUAGAGAGCAUCGCAGUGGGACGCCGGCUGCAUUUAGACUUUGAUGGAUGACCCGAUGAACGUCUGCAGGAAUUGUCGAGUCACGGUUUGUAAUUGGGUGCAGUAGUAUGACCUGGCCAUGAGGGGGCGGUACAUCAUCACUGUAUGACUCGGGGCUGUGUCACAGGUAACUUCUCAGCAGCAGAAUGGGAAAGUGAGUUUCUCGUGCAGGUUUGUUCCUGCAAAAAAAGUUUUAUUGCAAGUAUUUAUAAUUAAUGUAAUAUUUGCGGUUGACUCACAUUCACAGCUCCUACUCUGAGAAUAUGAUUAAUUUUAAUUUUCAAUUAAACAUGCAUCUCCA